GUCGAGUCCACUCCCAGUUCUAAGUCGAUCGGCGUAGUUACUGCACGAUGUUGGUCCGACAUAUAUUCAUAUAUCUUCUAUUGUCCAGUUACGCUUUGGCACAGAUUUGCACAGUAAAUAAAUAUGUUGGGAACAAACUAAAAAAAGUUCAAGUAUGCUGUAAUGGCUAUUACCGUACUCGCAGUGCGAAACUGGAAUGUUCUCCCAUAUGUAAAAAUUGUAGGAAAGGCAAGUGUAUAAAGCCAAAUGUAUGCCAAUGCUUUGCGGGCUACGACAAUUUCAACCAUUUGCCAAAUGCUUAUUGCGUUCCGAAAUGCAAGGGCGACUGUAAAAACGGAUAUUGUGGAUCGCCAGGAAAAUGCAAGUGUGCCCAGCGUUACAAACUCGAUGAAGCCACUGGGCAUUGUUUACCGAUCUGCGAAAAAGGCUGCCCAAAUGGAACUUGCAAAUUACCCGGAAUUUGUAUAUGCAAUGAGAAUUAUACAUUAAAUAUAAAAUCAAAGAUAUGCCAACCGAUUUGCAAGGCCGGCUACAAUCUGAAUGUAACCCAAAAUAUUUGCGAACCUAUCUGCGAAGACGGCUGCCUAAACGGCAGCUGCUCGGUCCCAAAUGACUGCGAGUGUCUAUCUGGAUAUAUAAAAAUUAGUAAUUCUUUGUGUCUGCCGGAUUGCCCACGUGGUUGUCAGAAUGGUUUCUGUAGUGCUCCAGGAAAAUGCACCUGUAACGAAGGAUAUUCUCCAGUCACUGAGAAUAGAUGUGCUCCAGAAUGUAAAGAUGGAUGCGAGAACGGUGUCUGUAGUGCUCCAGGAAAAUGCACCUGUAACGAAGGAUAUUCUCCAGUCACUGAGAAUAGAUGUGCUCCAGAAUGUAAAGAUGGAUGCGAGAACGGUGUCUGUAGUGCUCCAGGAAAAUGCACCUGUAUCGAAGGAUAUUCUCCAGUCACUGAGAAUAGAUGUGCUCCAGAAUGUAAAGAUGGAUGCGAGAACGGUGUCUGUAGUGCUCCAGGAAAAUGCACCUGUAUCGAAGGAUAUUCUCCAGUCACUGAGAAUAGAUGUGCUCCAGAAUGUAAAGAUGGAUGCGAGAACGGUGUCUGUAGUGCUCCAGGAAAAUGCACCUGUAUCGAAGGAUAUUCUCCAGUCACUGAGAAUAGAUGUGCUCCAGAAUGUAAAGAUGGAUGCGAGAACGGUGUCUGUAGUGCUCCAGGAAAAUGCACCUGUAACGAUGGAUAUUUUCCAGUCUCUGAGAAUAGAUGUGCUCCAGAAUGUAAAGAUGGAUGCGAGAACGGUGUCUGUAGUGCUCCAGGAAAAUGCACCUGUAACGAAGGAUAUUCUCCAGUCACUGAGAAUAGAUGUGCUCCAGAAUGUAAAGAUGGAUGCGAGAACGGUGUCUGUAGUGCUCCAGGAAAAUGCACCUGUAACGAAGGAUAUUUUCCAGUCUCUGAGAAUAGAUGUACUCCAGAAUGUAAAGAUGGAUGCGAGAACGGUGUCUGUAGUGCUCCAGGAAAAUGCACCUGUAACGAAGGAUAUUUUCCAGUCUCUGAGAAUAGAUGUGCUCCAGAAUGUAAAGAUGGAUGCGAGAACGGUGUCUGUAGUGCUCCAGGAAAAUGCACCUGUAACGAAGGAUAUUUUCCAGUCUCUGAGAAUAGAUGUGCUCCAGAAUGUAAAGAUGGAUGCGAGAACGGUGUCUGUAGUGCUCCAGGAAAAUGCACCUGUAACGAAGGAUAUUUUCCAGUCUCUGAGAUUAGAUGUGCUCCAGAAUGUAAAGAUGGAUGCGAGAACGGUUUCUGUAGUGCUCCAGGAAAAUGCACCUGUAACGAAGGAUAUUUUCCUGUCUCUGAGAAUAGAUGUGCUCCCGAAUGUAAAGAUGGAUGCGAAAACGGUGUCUGUAGUGCUCCAGGAAAAUGCACCUGUAACGAAGGAUAUUUUCCAGUCUCUGAGAAUAGAUGUGCUCCAGAAUGUAAAGAUGGAUGCGAGAACGGUGUCUGUAGUGCUCCAGGAAAAUGCACCUGUAACGAAGGAUAUUUUCCAGUCUCUGAGAAUAGAUGUGCUCCAGAAUGUAAAGAUGGAUGCGAGAACGGUGUCUGUAGUGCUCCAGGAAAAUGCACCUGUAACGAAGGAUAUUUUCCAGUCUCUGAGAUUAGAUGUGCUCCAGAAUGUAAAGAUGGAUGCGAGAACGGUUUCUGUAGUGCUCCAGGAAAAUGCACCUGUAACGAAGGAUAUUUUCCUGUCUCUGAGAAUAGAUGUGCUCCCGAAUGUAAAGAUGGAUGCGAAAACGGAUUCUGUAGUGCUCCAGGGAAAUGCACCUGUAACGAAGGAUAUUCUCCAGUCACUGAGAAUAGAUGUGCUCCAGAAUGUAAAGCUGGAUGCGAUAACGGUUUCUGUAGUGCUCCAGGGAAAUGCACUUGUAACGAAGGAUAUUUUCCUGUCUCUGAGAAUAGAUGUGCUCCAGAAUGUAAAGAUGGAUGCGAGAAAGGUGUCUGUAGUGCUCCAGGAAAAUGCACUUGUAACGAAGGAUAUUCUCCAGUCACUGCGAAUAGAUGUGCUCCAGAAUGUAAAGAUGGAUGCGAGAACGGUUUCUGUAGUGCUCCAGGAAAAUGCACCUGUAACGAAGGAUAUUCUCCAGUCACUGAGAAUAGAUGUGCUCCCGAAUGUAAAGAUGGAUGCGAGAACGGAUUCUGUAGUGCUCCAGGGAAAUGUACCUGUAACGAAGGAUAUUUGCCUUUGACUGAAAGCAGAUGUGCUCCAGAAUGUAAAGAUGGAUGCGAGAACGGUUUCUGUAGUGCACCAGGGCAAUGCAGCUGUAAUGAAGGAUUUUCUCCAGUGACUGAAAACAGCUGUACCCCAGUUUGUGAAACCGGGUGCUCCACUGGUUUCUGUGCAUCGCCUAACAACUGUAGUUGCUUUGAGGGUUUCGCCUUCAAUGGAACUGCAUGUGUUGCCCUAUCGGAUGACGCAAAGAGAUCAAGUACCGCAGCGACAGAGAUAACAGAAAUUUCGGACAUGGGACUGAUGACGUGUGAGGAACGUUGCUGGAAUGGAACUUGUGUGGAGGGACAGUGCUCCUGUGAGGAGCACUACUAUUUGACCGUAGAUAGUAAGAAUACUCUCAGAUUGCUUUGUCUGCCUGAGUGUAAGCAGAAGUGCGUCCAUGGUUACUGUGCAUAUCCAGAUGUAUGUGUAUGCUAUGAUGGCCAGGUUGCGGAAGAAGGAGUGGAGUGCCCAAGUCCUAAUGACAUAGAAACUUUGGGUCAAACUGGAAACUUGGCCCAUUUGAAGUGGUUCAUUGUAUUGGUUGCUGGUACGAUUAUGGUAUUGACAAUGACAAUAGUCGUGGUCAUUUAUAAAUUAAGGAAGCAUCAUUACAGAGUAGACGUAAAAGAACAACGUUAUGGAGUGCACUUCUCAGCAAAACAAGCGGAUAUAAUACGAUCGUAGAGCCAUUUUGAUAUGUCUGGCAAAUUGUGCAAAGUGGAAUGAAAUCUCAUGUACUUCGAGUGCUACUUCUAGAUAAAUUAAGAACGGAUUAUAUUUAAUAUAUGCAGGUUACUUAAUGCCAGAAAUCUAGAAUGCUUCAAUGCAUAUGGCUCUUGAAAAAAUAAACAUUCAAAUUAACUAUAAGAUUAUUAACAAAUAUCUUUAUAUAUAUAUAAUAUGUAAUACAUGGUGGUUCAUUUGGUGUUUUAUAAAAACUUCUUCAACUUUCA